UGAUUAUUUACCCACAGAUAUGAAAUGUUGGGAGAAGGCGGUCUUUCAGACACACUUUACAGCGAGCUUUCUCAAGCCUUUAUGUAUAUUGACAGGAAUGGAGAUGGAAUUUUAGAUGUCGAAGAUGUAUCUGCUUUGUUCAUGACUCUUGGAAUAGGCGUAAAUAAAGAUAAUAUUGCAGGCACCAUAAGGACUUUAUCCGAUUCCAAUGACUUUAUAGGACUGCCACUAUUUAUUGAACUUCUCGGACGAGCUUUGGAAAAUCCUGACGGCAGCCAAGAACUGAAAACACUAUUUCGAACUAUUGAUCGAGAUGGUGAUGGACGUUUAAAUCCUGAAGAGAUAGCAUUUCGUAUGUCAAAGACAGUUGGUCCAACUUCUAAAGAAGAAGCCUGCCUUCUAUUGGAUUCAGUUCGAAUGAAUGAUCGUCAAGAUGUGAACUGUGAAGAAUUUGGUGCUAUGCUUAGAUCUGGAUUUUUAAAGCUAAGGAAAUAAGUAUAAAAUUAUUUAUUUUCUCACAUAUGUGUUGGUACUCAGGAUUAAAUGUCAUGAGUGUAUCACAGCAGUUCUAUCUAAUCAGUUGUUUCAUGAUAUUCGCCGAAUAUUAAAACUGAUCUCAUUAUAUACCUGGAUCAACAAUCAUGUAUCAGUUGCUCAUACUAGAAAUACAUUACUAUAUUCUGUAAUUUAACAUAACUUUCACUUAUACUGUGGCUUAUUUAGAAGAAAAGAUGUUCAAUGAAAGGUUAAUCUUUUCCCUGAUAUCAUUUUCAACCUGUACAAUCGCAGUGUGUAUGGCAAAUUACCUUAGCAACAAUAGGAAUAAACUUGAAGAUGUUUCAUUAGAAUUGUAAAUUUUAGAUAACAAAUUAUGCAAUAUAUAUAAAGUU